AUCUCCACAGAGGACCCUGAUCGGAUAAAUAUUCCUACAGGAGUUCAGAUAGUCAGAUCCUGUCCAAGGGCCAGACAAGAGUGACAGAGAGCAACAUGGCUCCCCCUCUACUGCGCACGUUUGCUUCGGCACUGCUUCUAACCUCUCUAGCUUAUGCGCAACUCCGUGGGGACUCUUCAGCAGACUGUGUUCAAAGUGAUGAAUUUGGAAAAUACUGCCCAACUACAUGUGGAAUAGCAGAUUACCUUCACAAGUAUAAACCAGCAGUGGAGGAAGAUCUGCGAUAUAUGGAGGAAAUACUGGAAGACAUUUCCAACACUACCAAGGGGGCCCAAGAGAAGGUCAACUACAUGAAAGACCAGGCAACAUCAGCCCAGAAAACCUCAUCAGACCUCUACGUAAAGAAGUCAAACAGCAUGUUGGAUGAUAUUCUACGCUACCAGAAGACCAUUGUGUCCCAGGAAGAACAGCUAUAUGCACUUCAACAAAUUAUAGAGUCCAAUUCCAAGGACCUGCUGACUCUGAGGCAGAUGUCCGUUCAGAUUGAGCAGAAAUGCAUGGAGCCCUGCAAGGAGAAGGUGGAGAUACAGACCAUCACAGGCAAAGACUGUCAAGACGUGGCCAACAGAGGGGCCAAGGUCAGUGGCCUGUACUUUGUGAAACCAGAGCAGGCAGAAGAGGAGUUCCUGGUAUACUGUGAGAUUGACAGCUUUGGCCGUGGGUGGACUGUACUCCAAAGGAGACGUGAUGGCAGUGUGGACUUCAACAGAGAUUGGGUCCCAUACAAGGAAGGUUUUGGAUACCUCUCUCCAGAUGACAGCACAGAGUUUUGGCUUGGGCUUGAGAAGAUGCACAAGUUGUCUGUGCAGUCAAACAUUCCUUAUGUGCUGAGAAUAGAGAUGAUGGACUGGAAUGGAGUGAAAAAGUAUGCUGACUACUCCUCGUUCCGAUUGGGUGCCGAGCAGGACAUGUAUCGCCUGACCUACGCCUACUUCAGUGGCGGAGAUGCUGGGAAUGGCUUUGAUGGCUUUGACUUUGGUGAUGACCCCAGCGACAAGUUCUACACAUCCCACAAUGGCAUGCAGUUCAGCACGCCGGACAAAGACAAUGACAAGUAUGAUGGAAACUGCGCUAAGCAGGACGGGUCAGGCUGGUGGAUGAACCGUUGUCACGCUGCUCAUCUCAAUGGAAAAUACUACCAGGGCGGGCAUUACACAGAGAAGGAUGCUGGCGAAAAUGGUUAUGAUAAUGGCAUUAUCUGGGCAACAUGGCAGAGCCGCUGGUACUCAAUGAAGGAGACAACCAUGAAGAUUAUCCCCAUCAACAGACUGCAUGCUGGAGGCCAGCAAUCUGGAGCCAAGACUGUUGGAGAUAUGUGAAGGCCAUCUUGAGAGACCUCCACUUCAACAUUCCUUGUGUUGCACACUGUUGUUCUCUCUACGGUCAUGUCAGUCCCGAGCUUGCCUUCUGUACUAAUAUGACCAAUGAAUAAAUGUUUUCUGUUUUCUUAAA